GCGCCCUGAGAACAGUGCUAGCCAGCGCAAAACCCAACACCAAUAAUAAUUCAUUGUCAUCUCUGCUGUUGCCUCUUCAUCUUCUUCUUCUUCUUCUUUACCCAAACCCUAAAUAGAAAAAUGGUGGAAUCGAAGUUGACUUACGAAGAAUGUCGUCGCCAAAGACUAGAAGAGAACAAGAAAAAACUAGAGGAGCUUAAUCUCACCAAGCUCGCUCAGGCUCUUAAAACCCCCACUCCCAAAAAAUCUCCUGUUAAGAGGCGGGUUAUUAAGUCUCCCAAGUCGUUGGAGCCAGUGAGAAGGUCAAGUCGCUGUGCUGACAAGCCGACUCCAAACUACAAGGAAGAUCCUCUUGAACCUUUAUUGACUUCCGGAAGAAGGAGCUACCAAAGGAGAGAUCUGCUAAAUCGCGUUUAUGCUUCGCAUGAAGAGAGAGUCUAUGCAAUUGAAAGAGCUAAAAAAAUUCAAUCAGGCUUAGAUUCUCAAUUCCCAGGUUUUAUCAAGCCUAUGCUACAGUCACAUGUGACUGGGGGCUUCUGGCUGGGUCUGCCCAAUGGCUUCUGCAAGGACCAUCUUCCCCAUUAUGAUGAAAUGAUCACUUUGGUGGAUGAGGAAGGAAAUGAUUUUCAAACAAAAUACCUAGCUGAGAAAAAUGGUUUAAGUGCUGGAUGGCGAGGAUUUUCUAUUGAUCAUGGACUAGUUGAUGGGGAUGCAGCGGUGUUCCAUCUCGUCACUCCUACAACAUUUAAGGUGUACAUUGUCAGGGCAUAUGAUUAUGAAGAUAACAAGAAGGAUUCAGAUGACACUCACCUGGGCAGGAGUGACAAACAAACUAGAUUGAAAGACAACAAAGACAAAAGCAAUGAGGAUUCGGAUGACACUCACAAGGCCAGGAGUGGCAAACGAACCAGAUCAAAAGACAACAAAAACAAGAAGGGUCCAGAUGACACUGACAAAGGCAGGAGUGGCAAACGAACUAGAGCAAGUAAAAAGUAAUCAAUGGAAAUGUCAGAUUUGGAAGAAAAGGAGCCAAGGUAGAAAUUUAUUGUCUCAACAACAGACUCUUGAGUCUUUUGUCAGUGUUGAGAGUAAAUUAAAUGAAGUGCCCUGUGCUUUUAACCAUAGGAAUUUAUUAGAUUGGCUAAUGUAUAUGAACAAUUGAGUUUGCUAAAUAUCAACAAAUUGAUUGUAGUUGGGCAUGACAGCUUGGAACAUAGACUAGCAAUGAGAUUAGUUCAUUUUGUAAACUGGAGGAUAUUUUCGGAUGUCUUGUGGAAGUGAAAUUUGCCAGUGAAAUCAAAUUGAGAUGAUGUCCUCUGUGGCACCUAAAUGUUUCUA